UUUUUUAAAUACGAAGAAUGACAAUAAUUUGCGUCAAAAUUCUGACAAUGACAACCUUUCGCAUCUUAACAAAAUUCUCGCGCCACUUUUGCUCCAAACCGCAGAAACACGUCCAAGUAUGCAUCCUUGGCGCCGACACACUCUUAGGCCAAUCCCUUGCCUUCCUCAUCAAACAAAACCCUGCAAUUUCUGGUCUACACCUCCAGGGCACUUCAAAGGUCGAAUCUAUGGCUCUGGACUUCAACCACUUUGACACCAGAUGCCGAGUUCACUCUUAUUACGACAUGGACAGCGUCAGCAAAUCCGUCAAGUGUGCCGACAUUGUGGUCAUGCUGGGGCUCAACACAAGCACCAGCAAAAUGUCCAUACCCAAGCUGGUCAUGGCUGAGGGCGUCCGAGUGGCCAAACUGGCCGAAACCUGCGCAAAAUACGCCCCGAAAGCUGUAAUUUUAGUGGCAGUGACGCCCAUUUCGGUCACUUUGCCCAUCGUUGCUGAAGUGUAUAAACAGUCGGAUUGGUACCAUCCUGGGCGGCUUCUUGGUUCCGCUGCUCUGGCCGAAGUCAAAGCCAACGCUAUUGCUGGACAUUACCAGACGCUGGAUCCGCAAAUGGUGCAUGUGCCCAUUGUUGGAGGUCCAGAUUUGGACUGCGCUAUCCCUCUUUUUUCCCAAACUCAACCAGUGGGAAUAGCCCAGAAAGAUACAGAUAAGUUGGUCGAGGAAUUCCGGAAGGAAAUCCCACAACCAGCGAUGAGUCACGCAGUGGGGCUCAAUAGGAUGAUCACAGGGAUUGCCACAGGGAUUAACGGGGAUUAUAACGCCAAUGUCUUGGCUUUUGUGCGAACGAAUAUUAUCAAGACGUGUCGAUAUUUGGUGUGCAUCGUAAAAAUGGGCAAAAUGGGCAUUUUGCACAACUACGGUUUGCAGAAGCUGCGGCGCAAUGAAUUGAUCACAUUCGAAGAAACGUGCUUGCAGCUCAAAGCUCGGGAAGAAAUGGCUUCGGAUCUGGUAAAUCGCGAAGAUAAAUGCGCCCUUCCUGCAUUCAUGAUCCGGGAGAUGGAGCGAGAAAAAAUCGAAAAACUUGGAAUUAUACGAUAAUAACGGUGUAACGGCGCCAAUAAAUCCAAUUUGUGAA